CUGCUACCUGCGCAUGCGUAGUAUCAAUGAUGAAAGUCUCCCGAUAGACACUUCUGUAUUUUUGAGUAUUUAAAUUUUAAUCAAAUUUAAAUUAUUAAAUAAAAUUGUAUUUUAAAAAACAAUUACUUCGUAAAAAUGACAACAGAUAUAAAUUAUUCCGACAUUGAAGCCAAAUGUCUGCAGGAGCUUCAAAAGCUAAAACUGGAAGAGGAAAAUCUUGUCAGCGAGUUAAAUAGCAUGGUAAAUCAAAAAACAUUUAUUGAAGAUAAAAUUAAAGGAUUGUCUGGACUUAUUCCUAAGUUAAAAGUUAUGAAAAAUGAAGCCGAAGACUUGGUUUUUACUGUAAAUGAUAUAUCACAAAGCUCAGAAAAAAUUAGCGGAAAGAUUCGAAAGUUAGAUACUGCCAGAGGACAUGUUGAUGAAUGUCUUCUUCGUGUUAACGAUUUGAUAGAUUUAGAGAUAUGUUCCCAAGGGGUGCAACAAGCCAUUCUGGAUUUGGAUUAUGAAAAGGGAGCGGCACAUGUUCAUAGAUUCCUGUCAAUGGAUCAGUCUCUAUUAAAGAAAACUGCAAAUGAUAUGAAUAAUGUAUCAAACAUGUUAAAGUCAGUUAGGACACUACAAGAAGCUGCAGCUCAGCUUAGAGCAAUUGUUGAACACAAAUUUUCUGAAGCUGUCAAUAAUGAAGACUUGGGAUCUAUAGAAAGGUUUUUUAAAAUAUUUCCACUACUAGGAAUGCACGAAGAAGGAAUAAAGGAAUUUUGUACCUAUUUAAGAAUCAAACUAGCUUUGACAGCUGAUAAAAAUCUCAAGUCAGCUAUUAACACACCUUUGGCUGACAAACGUUACAGUAUCAUUUAUGCUGAUACCCUUAUAUUAUUAUUUGAAGGUUUGGCAAGGAUAGUGGAUACACAUCAGCCUUUAUUGGAAACAUACUACGGGCCUGGCAGGCUUCUUUCGGCUGUAACAAUAUUGCAGAAAGAAUGCGAUAAUCAAGUAAAAAGAAUUUUAAUGGAAUGGACCAAGACUAGACAAAUUCAAAGGAAAAUUCAACAAAUUACUGAAUUAUCCAGGAUGAGUUCGAGUGCUAGUUUUAGUAAAAUUGAGAAAAUAGAUCCUAAAGAUAUGGAUAUUCUAAUAGGUGAAAUAACAUUAAUGCAUUUCCGUUGUGAACUAUACAUCAAGUUUUUGCAAAGAAAGAUAAUGGCUGAUAUUGAGGUUGGCAUAUCAGACAGAGAACAGAAAGAAAAAACAUUGAAACAACUAGACCAAUUAGUUUUAAAUAGCACUUUAAGUCAAUGUAAACAUGAUUUACUCUCACACUAUUUACAAUUGGAGCAAUAUUUUAUGGAAGAAUCAGUGGCCAAAGCUAUAAACAUGGACAUUUUAGAAGCUUCACAGCAUACCUCUAGCAUGGUAGAUGACACGUUUUUUAUUAUCAGAAAGUGUAUAAGGCGUUCGAUUUCUACUGGAAGUUUAGAUGGUAUUUGCGUUAUAAUUAAUAAUGCUUGCAGAGUACUAGAAAAUGAUUAUUGUACGGUGUUAAAGGCUAGACUUAAGCAAGGCUAUCCUUCAGGAUAUUUGGAUUUGUCUCAAGCCUAUAAUGUAUUACAAAAUUCGAUCCAACAAGGCAGAUUGCAAUCGGGAGAUACUGAGCAAUCGCGUACAGCGUUUAUAGUUGCAUUGAAUAAUGCUGAUAAUAGCACCGAAUACGUAACAGCAUUGUGCGACAGUAUAAUGAAGGAAAUCGAGGCGGCUUGUCCAAACCUGAACGCAAACGAAAGAGGAAAAUUGGAAAGUUGUUUGUCGGGAUUAUCGUCAGUUAGUGCCAGUUUGACAGAAAUAAUAGAAUACGGAUUUCAACAGCUGAAAUCUACGGCAAUUAAGCCCAGGAUAAAUCCGUGGAUGGACAAUUUCUUGAAUUUCAGUCAUCAACUUACAGAGGACGAAUUGUCGGCGUACGAAGCUGGGGAAUCCUUUGCCCAAACAUUGAUCAUGAAUUUGGAGACGUUGCUUUCGUCGUUUAAAGAAAUUUUGAGCUCAAACAAUUACGACCACUUUAUCCAGGUACUGACUGUAGAGGUGACACAACGUUUCGAAAAAGUUAUUAUGAAAUCACAGUUCAAUAGGUUGGGUGGAUUAAUCUUGGACAAGGAAGUUAGAUCGCUAGCUGGAUAUAUCACGUCAGGUACUUACUGGUCGGUCAGAGAUCAGUUUGCCAGACUAACUCAAAUAGCCACCAUAUUAAAUUUUGAUCAAGUCAGCGAAAUCAACGAUUACUGGGGCAAUGUAGACGGAAGCAUUACUUGGAGGCUAACUCCAACAGAAAUAAAGAGCAUUUUAUAUCUAAGGUUUACAUGUUUACGAAAUGAUGCAAACUUUAACUAGGAGACUGCAUGAUGAAUAAUGGUGGAUUUCAAAUCCGACGACAUUAAAAGGCUGCGAUUAUAAGUUGAGGGUCAUCAGCUUUUUUUAUGUGAUUAUAAUAGGUCAUGACUCAUUUCCAGAUAUGAGCGCGCCUCAUUUAGUAUUCUUUUUUACGAUUGUUUUAUUGUGUAAUUAUUUAAACGACUUGUAAAUAUUAGCUUUGGUUAUAAAAAUAUUUUUGAAGUAUAGGUAUAUAUUUUAAAUAUUUUAAUUUUGUGUACAUAGUCGUGUAUAAUUACCUGUUAUAUUUUAGAACGUUUGCAUGUAUAAUGGCAUAUAAUAAAAUUUUGUUUAAAAAA